GGACACAAUCCCAUUCUUUGGAAGGCUGAGUACAAGAAGAUAUUGGAGGAAUUCACCAUAUCGCUUAUUUGAAAUGUGUUGUGAUGGUACUUGAUGAUGCAAGCCCAGGGUUCCAGAUCUGGGCAAAGUGGUCUUGAUGAAAGUGUCCAUUCCAUAAAAAUGGUUCCCAUCCAAGAUCUUCCUCCAGAAUACCUCCAAAUUGUCAACUCAUUUUGCCUGGAUGUCUCAGCAAAUUGGGAAAAAAAUGAAGAAGAUGAGAGGAUCCGGUUGAUGGGUGUCAGAGACUUGGAAUGCUUCUUAAGAGUCUCUUUCCCCAACAUCAGCUUACAACUAUUUGGCUCUUCUUGCAAUGGGUUUGGGCUGAAGACCUCUGAUCUAGAUAUUGGCCUCAUUCCCUGUCCUACCUAUGUGCCUCCUCCAUCUGUGAAUCAAAUUGGGAAGAUGUUACGCAAGUGUCGCUGGAUCACAAAAGUCUUCACCAUAUCCCAGGCAAAGGUGCCUAUUGUGAAGUUCACCCAUAAGGAUUUGAAACUUGAUGGGGAUAUCAGCAUUCUGGAAGAUGGCGCCCUUAUGAACACCAGGCUCCUAAAAGCAUACUCCAUGAUUGAUCCCAGAGUUAAAGAAUUUGACAUGGUCAAAGAUGUCAUAUCUGUGCGGAGGGCUGGACAAAUGACAAAGGUUGAGAAGGGUUGGAGUGAAUUCUUUUUUCUCUGCAUUGAAGAUCCCAUUACCCCAGAUGUCAACAUUGCCAAAAAUAUGUCUCAUGAGAAACAUUUCAAUAGAUUCAAGGACAUCCUGAGCAAGGCAUUGGCUCACUUUACUUCACCUGUCAACAAGAUCCCUGUGAUGUAUUCAUCAUUC